AUGGCGCAAAUGCGAUUUGCGCCCGUUGGAAAUUGGCGCGGCGAUGGCGUUGGAGAUGAAUUAGGAACGCGACCGUUGUCAAAGUGCUUAACGCGAAUGAAGCCCGAGGACGUGGAUCGGAAGUGGCGGAGACGAGAUGGCUCCACCGCUCAACUGGAAUUUGCUGAAGUAAGUGGCGGCGGUCCUGCAGCUGCCAAGCCAUCCAGCCAAUCGUGA